AUGGCAAUGCGAAAGGACUCAAUUCAAACUCGAAAACGCCGCUGCGCCAAAAAACAGCGUGGAAAUCUCACUCACUUGCAGCAGCAACUGCACCAUCACCAAAGUCUCGAACCUAGGCUGGGCUCGGCUGAUGUUCAUGAGCAUUUGGACGCCAUCAAACAUCAAUAUUCAGCAGCACCAACGCCUUACGCAUUUUUCCCGCCACCCACCGUUGGGACCAAACCUUAUACUGUCUCUGGCGCACUGGCACCUAGUUAG